AUGAUUCGACGCAUCAUCACCGCUGUUCUGGUGUUCAUGUUCUUGAUGGCGGGCGCCAACAAGGUCUCGCCGCACAUCAAUGCAGAGAUGCACAACCACCUCUCAAAGGCGUUUCCCCCCAUGGGAAAGAUGUGGAGCGGUCUCCUUCGAGACUUCCUCGCUUCCUUGAAGCAGGAGCAAUACCAUGAUCUCAUCGAGAAGAAUCUUCUGGACGAUGGUUCCGGCAGUUACAAAAUGUUCAUGACCAACCUUGGGUACAUGUGUCCCCUGCCCUCGCUGAUCCUCUUUCUCAUCAUGAUCGCUGCAACCUAUACGCAUCAUGUGAUGAAGGAACCGAUAGUGGUAACUGUCGGACUGAUGGUCCUGUUUGUCGUGCGCGCAUUGCUGCCAGUACCGAAGUCUGCCGGCAAAAAAGUUGUCAAGCCGAAGAAAUCGUAG